AGAGCGUUUGGGAGUCAAAACAAAAGUCUUCUGGAAAGUCGUCCUGGUCCAUAACAGCAAGCUAACUAGCUAAAACACGUAGCAGCCGAAAGCGAUAGCAAAGUUGUCUCCGAGUGUUAUUUGAAGCAACUCUAACAUUUAUAAGUCGUUUGGUUCGAUGCGUUUCAUCAUGGAGGUCUCCCAAAAGUUCUUGUUUUGGGCCGUUUUCGUGGCAUAGCUGGAAAGCUAACGCUGGUUAGCAGUAUAGGUUAGCUUAGCAUUGGUCUACUCAACACAAAAACUCACCUUCUUUUGAGCCUUGUUGGACGGCAGAAGUUUGUGACUUUUCUCCCUGGUUUCUUUGACAGAAACGCUCCAUAAUGUCUAUCCUAGGAUUAAAGAAGAAACAGCCAAAGACUUUCAAAGUCAAAGUUAUCACUAUGGAUGCUGAAAUGGAGUUCAGCUGUGAGGUAAAGUGGAAAGGUAAAGACCUGUUUGACCUGGUGUGUCGCACUGUUGGUUUGAGGGAGACCUGGUUCUUUGGACUCAGGUAUACAGUAAAGGACACCUAUGCCUGGCUGAAGCAAGAAAAACGGGUCCUGGACCAGGAGGUUCCCAAGGACUGUCCUAUAACAUUUCAUUUCCUGGCUAAAUUCUUCCCAGAAAAAGUAGAAGAGGAACUGGUCCAAGAAAUUACUCAGCACCUCUUCUUUUUACAGGUGAAAAAACAGAUAUUAGAUGAAGAAAUAUUCUGUUCUCCUGAAGCCUCUGUUCUGCUGGCUUCAUAUGCCGUCCAAGCCAAGUAUGGAGAUUAUGACCCAAACUUUCACAAGCCGGGCUUCCUGGCUCAGGAUGAGCUUUUGCCAAAAAGAGUUCUGAUGCAGUACCAAAUGACAGCUGACAUGUGGGAGGAGAAGAUCACAGCCUGGUACGCUGAGCACAGAGGCAUCGCCAGGGAUGAAGCAGAGAUGGAAUACUUGAAGAUUGCUCAGGAUCUUGAGAUGUACGGUGUCAGCUACUUUGCCAUUACUCAAAAUAAAAGGGACACAGACUUGUUACUUGGAGUGGAUGCUCAAGGUCUUCACAUCUACAGCCCCAACAGCAAACUCAGCCCGAACAAAUCUUUUCCUUGGAGUGGAAUCCGUAACAUCUCUUACAGUGAAAAGGAGUUCACAAUCAAACCCCUGGACAAGAAGAAAGAUGUUUUCAAGUUCUACUCUUCUCAACUGCGUGUCAAUAAGCUGAUCCUGCAGUUGUGCAUCGGGAACCACGAUCUAUUUAUGAGGAGGAGGAAGGUGGACUCAAUUGAAGUGCAGCAGAUGAAGGCUCAAGCCAAAGAGGAGAAGGCCCGCAAGAAGAUGGAGCGUCAGAUCCUGGCACGGGAAAAACAAAUGAGGGAGGAGGCGGAACGAGCAAAGGAGGAAAUGGAACGAAGACUUUUCCAGCUGCAGGAUGAGGCUCGACUGGCCAAUGAGGCACUGCUGAGAUCUGAGGAGACAGCCGACCUGCUAGCAGAGAAGGCCCAGAUUGCUGAGGAAGAAGCCAAGCUGUUGGCCCACAAGGCUGCAGAAGCUGAGCAGGAGAGGCAGAGGUUAGAGGUGACAGCCAUGAAGACUAAGGAGGAGAAAAGGCUGAUGGAGCAGAAGAUGAGGGAGGCGGAGCAGCUGGCUGUAAAACUGGUGGAGCAGUCUGAGCGGAGGUUGAAGGAAGCAGAUCACCUGAAACAGGACCUGACUGAAGCUAAGGACGCUGAGCGGAGAGCAAAGCAGAAGCUGCUGGAGAUCACCAAAACUACAUACCCUCUCAUAGCAGCCUACUCUACCCCUCCUGCUCCUCCUGAGGCAGCUGACUUGGGUUACGAAUCAGCGUCUACACGCCUCGACUUUAAGGACUCUGACAUGAAAAGGCUCUCUAUGGAGAUUGAGAGAGAGAGGUUGGAGUACAUGGAGAAGAGUAAACACCUGCAGGACCAGCUGAAGGAGCUGAAGUCUGAGAUUGAGUCUCUGAAGCUGGAGGAGCAGCAGCAACAGGCCGGCCUCUACGGCCUCCACAGUGAGGCCAGGGGAUACGUCCAGGAGCCCGUCUACAUACCUCACAGCAACCGAAACUCUGCAUACAUGUCUCAGAUGGCCUUCUUUGAAGAAGUGUGAUGCUGCUCCUGCAGGAUGAGGAAGGAGGACACCGGCUGCUGCAGCUUAAUGCUUUCUCAAUACGUUCAGUUAAUUAACGCUAACAACCGACAGACAUACAUACACCAUGAAUGUGUGCUUUGGAAUGACUUUAAAUCUAUCCACAACAACAAACUGACUCUAGUGUGGCUGCCUGCUAAGUCGUACCACCUGCUACACUCCAGCACCUUCAUCAUGUCUUUUAUAAAUAUAAAGAACACAUAAAUGUGUCACACGUAUCUAACAUUGUUUCAGGAUAUGGUGUUGAACAUGGAUGUAUGGCGGUUUGUGUGGUUUUAAGGGAUACUCAGCUGUAAGAUGCUCAGAUAUAGAAAUGUUUCUGCCUUACAACAUUUUGAAACAGGGAUCUAGUUAAAAGUGGUCACAAACCAACUUAUGGCAAAGUCUCUUCAUCACUUUUCACUACAAAAAUGAGCUUUUUUCUAGUCUGGGGUGAAUUUUGUAAAUAUGGGCGUUUUUGUUUAUUUUCUUUUGAACUAGAAAAAUAUUUCUCCAACUUGGCUACUACAAAAUUUGAUGUAACAAUACAUCAAAGAAACACAAAUUUCAGAUUUACCAUGGUAUUUCGAAUUACCCUUUACACACUAAACAUGACUCUCCAUCAGCAAUAUGUGAAGUGAGCAUUGGCACUGAGAUGUGGCUCAUAAAUAUCACUAAUAAAAGUAGUAAUUGCACACAAGUGUCCACAUCUGACAAGCAGAUCUGUGCAGGGACAGUGUCCACAUGGGACAUCACUAACAAUGUUAAAUUCAGAGCUUCGAUAUAGUCAUCCUUUUGUAUUUACUUGUUACAUUUACUUCUUGAACUGGCUUUACUGAUAACAAUUAAGAUACCUUAAUUGGUGUAGUGCCUCAUCAUGGUAGUGAAUAGAAAUGUAGUACACAGUUAAAAGAUUGCUAUCUCAAGAUUUUAUAUUUUGUUCUUUAGACUGCUGAUGUGCCUUGAACUUUAUUUUUUUGCUUUUACAAGUUAAGAUACUAAGGUUUAAUUUGGUUUCAUUGUGCUCACGUGUCUUAGAGCUGCUUUAACUUUGGGGUUGAUAUCUUCCCGAAACUAAGUUAUAGAACAGCAGAUUGGUGGCUUUCCUUUUUUCUUUUUUUCAUGCACUUCUCAGGGUUAGUGUUGGAGACAAUCACUGCAGGUAGAACCACAUUAGUUUCCCCUGAAGAUAUACAGUAUAAUGCCCAGUAAUGUUUAACCUCAAUAAGUCCAAUAGUAGUUUUACGAUGUUUACCAGCAGUGCAUGCACUGUAUUUAACAAAUGGAGAACUUUAACUCUGUUAUACUUUUCAUUACAUCCUCAAAAAGGGAGAGGCUGGAUGCCAAAUGUACUGCCAGAGGUUCUGCCUGUUUGUUUAUUUGGACCGGCCCAUUAGGCUGAUUUGAUGAUGGACUAACCAGUGACAAAUGAUAGGCUCAUUAUCAGUAACGCUAACCUUGGACUUGUGUAAAUGGUAUUGUUUUUAUUGAAUUGUUCUUAAGUGCUUCAGUUUGCUCCUUUAACCUUAUUUAUUUGCGCUAUAAAUCCUCAAAUAACAGCAUUACAUUUUCUUGAGGUCCUGUAUUGUGGGGAAUCUUUUUGUCAUUUAGUUUUAGUUUUGUUUUACUGUAAUGAGAUUAUCCAGCUAAAUUCAAGUCCAGUGUUAAACAAAUAUAUUUUACACCUGAAAACUUCAAGAGGUUAGGAGUUUCGUUAAUGAUUUGUAACCUCAAGGUAUUUUGUGUAUAUCAUUUAAUUACAGCAGUGAUGAUACAGCA